AUGCCAGUCAAAGAAUCAUAUGUCCAAGAACUCAUUCAACUUCAGCUCAAUGGCGAUUGGCCAACGUUGAUGACCUACAUACGAGACGACGUAGAAUGGAUGGUGAUUAAUCCUUUGGUCAAGUCUACUCCUCUUUCUGGAUUGUUUCACGGAAAAGAAGAAUAUGCAAAGACGUUAACACCUCUCUUUUCAACAUUUGAAGAUCGAAUAAAAUUCAACUUGGAAAGAUUAACGGUAGUCAAUGAUUUAGCAACAGUUGAGAUGAAGGGUCAAGCUGUAGGGGCGAAAGAUAAGAAGGAAUUUGUUGGAUUCUGGUUGUUCAUAUAUGAACUUGAAGAAGAAGCACAUGACGGCGAAAAACCAAAGAUUAAAGGUAUCAAGGAAUAUUUGGAUUCAGCUUUGAUCAAGGAAUUCAUCGAGAAUAAUCUUUAG